AUGGCUUUAUUUUGUUUAAAUCAAGUCUUUGCACAAAGCGAUGACUCUGAAGAAGAUGCUUGUGCAUCUUUGCCUAUUGAAGAAUACAAUCUGGGUCUUCGAGUCGGUUCUAUCUUCAUCAUUCUGGCUACUAGUGCAGUUGGUACUUAUGUUCCUAUCUUAUUACAUCGUAUUAGUCCUUAUAAAAAAGGCGAUAUUCGCGAUUGGCUUCUGACUGUUGGAAAAUUUUUUGGUACUGGUGUUAUUUUGGCUACUGCUUUUGUUCAUAUGCUUCCUGAUGCUCUCGAGAAUUUUGAAAGUCCUUGCUUAACAGAUGGAUGGUUGUCUUAUGGUGCAUUUGCCGGUGUCUUUUGUAUGAUUGCUUCUUUUGCUCUUCAAUUACUUGAAAUUUCAUCUGUUGCCCACGUAAACAGGCUUCAUAGACUCAAACAAGAACGAGCAGAUACUGAAUUGGGCAGAUCUGUCGAACCAACUGAUAAGGCAUCUCAUCUCUCCAAACAAACUGUCACUGAUAACGAACAACACCAUCAUCAUCAUCAUAUCGGUGACGAUCAUGGUCAUGCUCAUGGUGCUCUUCUUGAAAGUGAUGAAGCAUACAAACACAUUGGUACUUAUAUUCUCGAACUUGGUAUUGUUAUGCACUCCAUUUUGAUUGGUAUUUCAUUGGCUACGACUGACAAUGACGAGUUCAUUACUUUACUCAUUGCUCUUGUCUUUCACCAGUUCUUUGAAGGUAUGGCAUUAGGUACUCGUUUAAAUGAAGUUGGUUAUACACACUGGUACAAGCCCACUUUGAUGGGUUUACUUUAUGUCAUUAUGACUCCUAUUGGUAUUGCUAUUGGUAUUGGUAUCCGUACUAGCUAUAAUCCCAAUUCUUAUUCUGCUGUGUUGUCUUCUGCUAUUCUUGAUUCUCUUUCUGCUGGUAUUCUUCUUUAUAAUGCCUAUGUUUCACUCAUGAGUAUGGAAAUGAGUCAUAACAAUGCUUUCCACAAUGCCUCUACUACACGCAAAAUCUGCAGUUUCCUUUCUAUGUAUAUUGGUGCCGGUCUCAUGUCAUUGAUAGGAAAAUGGGCUUAA